UCGCCGCUAUGCCAUGGCGCACAGCCUCCUGCAUAUGCUUGGCCCGGUAUUAUGACCAAGACAAAAACAGAAAAAAAAAGUGAACCCUCUUUACGCAAGAGUUUCCACUCCACCGUCUCGCUCCACUGUCCCAUCCGCUUACGGUCGCGACAACGACCACGAUUACGACCAACCGCCCUCGCUGUUUACGACGAUCCACGACGAACUCUACAUCCUAUUCGCUACCAUAAACGGUCUUUGAGUUAUUUACGCCAUUCGACACAACUCUAUGCAGAUAUAGACGUCAUGAUAUUCAGUCCAUUUGAACCUACUAUUCCCCACAUCAUCUAUGCCUGUCUCGGUGGUUUUGUCGUGCUGUUCGGCAUGUUCUCUUUGUUUCUGAGAGAAAAGCUUUACGUCGGAGAAGCUUGCUGGGCAUUCAUUUUUGGUAUCAUCAUCGGUCCCUAUUGUGCCAACAUCUUUGACCCAAGAGGAUGGGGAGGAGCCGGUAACAUCGAUGUCACGAACGAGAUUACGCUGGAAUUCACGAGAAUCGUAUUGGCUAUCGGAGUCUUCGCGAUUGGUGUUGAAUUGCCCAAGGCGUAUAUGCGGAAACAUUGGAAGAGUUUAUUCUACCUUCUUGGGCCAGUCAUGACUUGGGGUUGGUUCGUUUCUGCUGGUUUCAUCUACGCCCUCGUACCACGCCUUAAUUUCCUUCAAUCCCUUGCUGUUGCUGCAUGCCUCACACCCACCGACCCUAUUCUCGCACAAGCAGUCAUUGGCGGAAAAUACGCCGACAAACAUGUCCCCGCUCACCUACGCCACCUUCUAGCCGCAGAGUCUGGGUGCAAUGAUGGAGCGGCAUUCCCGUUUCUUUUCAUCGCCCUUUAUCUCAUCAUCGAACAUGACGUUGGUUAUGCAGUUCGUGAUUGGUUCCUCUACCUUUGGCUUUACCAAGUUAUCCUUGGAAUUGUUAUCGGCGCUGUAGUCGGUAUCGGAUUCCGUUACCUUAUGAAAUACUGCGAGAAGCGGGGGUUGAUCAACCGACAUUCCUACGUUGCGCAGUACAUCUCUCUCUCCCUGUUCACCGUCGGUGUAACCGUCCUUCUUGGCUCCGAUGACCUUCUCUCAACCUUUGCAUGCGGUACAGCCUUCGCUUGGGAUGGGUUUUUCAAUCGUCAAACCGAAGAAACGGUGUUUUCAUCCGUGAUCGAUCUGCUUUUCAACAUUGCUUGUUUUGUAUUUUUGGGAGCUUGGAUGCCGUUCAGCUCGUUUAGCGAUCCUGAGUUGUCUCUGAGUGUGUGGCGGUUGAUUGUGAUUGCGAUUUUGGUACUCUUGUUUAGGCGAUUACCGGUGGUGCUUGCGCUGUACAAGUGGAUUCCGGACAUCAAGACGUUCAGAGAGGCUGUUUUUACUGGGCAUUUUGGGCCUAUUGGGGUGGGUGCGGUGUUCAUCUCCACCCUUGCUUCUGAGGUUCUUCACAAGAACGCAGAGCAUGACGAUCCCGAAGCCGAAUUUUUGAGGAAAUCUAUCCAGCCAAUCAUAGCUUUCAUGGUUCUCUGCAGUAUUGUCAUCCAUGGUUUAUCCAUCCCUUCGUUCUCCCUAGGCAGACGCGUUCAUUCCGUCACUCGUACUUGGUCACGACAUACUACGAUCGGAGGUACUCAACAAGCACCUGAUUGGACGAACCAAGCGACGAUUGUUACGGAUAGAAGGGAGAUUGUUGUCAAUCGUGAUGAGAGUGAUAAUUUACGUGCGAGAGAUAUGAUUGAUGAGAUGGAGAGAGGGCAGUUGACGCCUGUGGAGAAAGGGUCGACGGAUAGUUCUGUGUAUGAGAAGAAGAUGGAUGAGAAGGUGGAUGGAGAGAUAUAUCAUCCACCAGAUGAGGGAGAGGUUCUUCCGGAGGGUGAAGAACCACCUGAUGGUGAGGAGAUUGUGUCGGAGUGGCAGGAGGGUCCUCAUCGAGUUAUUGAGAGGCGGAAGGGACCUGGUGAAGAGGUCGAAGUUGAAGUUAUCCGUAACUUUGGCACUCCAGAUGCGGAAUCCUCUCUGUUACGCGGUACCCAUGAAUCGGUUCAUCAUCGUUUGGGAGCGUACCUUGACAAAUUAAAACUGCUUGUAGAUGCUGAAGAGAAGGGCAUGGAGAGGGAAGUGAGCAAGCUCCAGAACAAGAUUAAGGAGAUUGUUCAUAGCCAGGGGCAUCACCACCACCACCACCACCACCAUCAUCAUCAUCUUCCGUCGCAUUCAAAACCGAAGCAAGAGGAGCCACAGCCGCAUGUCGUAUUGAAUGUCAAUGACCGAGAUGACGAGUGGGCUUCUGAGGAUGACAUGCCAUCCUCGUCGACCGCUGUGUCUGGUAUUCCUGAGGUUAGAGAGAGGAGCAAGUCACCAAGGAUCCGUAAGGCAAAGCUGGUAACCCGAACGAGUAAAAGAAGGGGUGGUUUGAAUAGGAGUGGGAGACACGAUGUCCAGCGAGCCGAACAACAGCCACAACGACAUACCGCUCCAAACGCUACCGAGGAAGAUGGAGAUGAUGGGAGGCGAGGACGUUCAGAUACGCCUGUUGCUGUCGGUGCUGGUGGUGCUGGGGGUAGUGGGGAACCUGGGGGUCGGUUGAGAAAGUUGCGGUUGGACGAGAUUCGUACCCGUUCGCCUGCACGGUCGGUGAGGUGGGUAGAUGAAGGUGGGAGUACAAGGCCGAGUACAAGGCCAAGUACACCGAAGAACUCGCCUUUGCAGUUGCAGAAAGGAACACCUCAGAGCGGUAGUACUACUACUAUUACGUCGCCAGGUGAAAAGGAGGCUGGUCAAUGAAUUCGAAUAAUGACGGGAUGAUGAUAGAUGUUUAACUUCUCACUUUUUUUUUUUGCUUAUGCCCAAUUCGUAAACAGGUUACCCGCAGCUACAUACCACAAUUGUAUAAUAAUGUUACUAGGCAGUGCAUACAUAUCGAAAGCAAAACAGGACG